AUGGACGCGCCUACUCCCCAAACCUGGGGACUUGGGCUCAAGCCCAGUAUCAGCUUGAACUUGCCCCCAUCCUCCAUCGUCUUCUUCCCGGCACGCGACAACGGCACUUCAUCUGAUGGAAAGAACCAAACCAGCUCUUGCCACCCAAAUCCGUCUUGGGUCGGCGUCUUACGAGCACCAAUUCCAGUCCAAAGAGAACCAGCAUGGCAUCGCAUUCCUACCGAAUACUUCCCUUCAAAGAACCCCAAUCUUUCUCGUAUUAUCAUGAGAAGAAUUGGUCACCCACAGCCACGUCCUUAUGGAACCAGCUUUUUCGUGUCUGGGAGCUCGGAAAUUGCUGCCGCCAAGCGCAUUGCCGCCUGGACAGAGCCGACAAGAUGCAAGAUGCCGCCGAGCAAGUCUCGCAAACGCAACUCAUUCAAACCCACUGAAUUCCUCAUCGAAAUCCGUGGCGGACCUGACUCUUGGGCUAUGGUUACUUAUAUGUUCAUGAAAGCUAAAGUGGAUAUUGCCAAUGGACUUUUGGAGCUUGACACAAAACUUCUCCACAGGGAGGUCGGCCUUCUGCAGACAAAGAACCAUGGUUUAACUAUUCCUGCAAAGCGACGCAUCGCUAGAAACGAUUGCAUCGAGCCACACGGUCUCUGGGGCGGAUGGAAGCUGUUGACGUACACUGAAGUUCUUCAUCUCGUUCGCAAAGCCACAAACAGGGGCCGCAAGAGAAUUACGUUUACGGAGGGUUCCAUUACGGAUGUAGCCCUCCUUUUCAAGGAGAUGGGCUGCUACGACCCCCGAGUCCGAGUUUCCGCAUAUGGCAGACCAAGCUUGCCGGAUAUUGCAGAUAAGACUGAGCCUCUGAGCGUGCUUGAGCUUGCUAGUUUCCAGGAUGAGUCUGGCAAAUCGCCAACCAAGAAGUCACCGCUUCCUGCUGAACCUCUCAAGGCCUCUCCUCGUCAUUUGAACGAUGGUGUCGUCAAGCUAUUGCCUGCAACUAGCCUCCAAGUGGCUUCUUCUCCUGUCAAAUCUCUUGGGUCGCCUUCCACAGCUUUUAUUGAUUCGCCUUCUUCAAUCAAGGUGGCCCAGAGUCCUUCACCACUGGCUCGUGUCACCGCUCAUGGCGCAUCCUCUUCACCACUUGCUGAUAUUCCUUGUUUCUCUCCUGGUCCGACGAAGCACUUCUGUGCACCCUCGUUUGACUCUUCCUGUGACUUGGACCGGACCGUGAAUCUGUCCCUGCCACCUCAGCUAUCACUGACCAAGGUCUCGCCAUCGAUCGCGCAGACAACUCCAAGGGUGUCCAAGUCGGAACCUUCAACUCCUCCUUUUCAGAUUGCUACUCCACAGUCGAAUGGCGGACCUGGCCUGGGCCUAGUUGAAUCCAUUCCGACAUCGACGCCCAAGCUUGAUGGACCCUCUACGCACCCAAUUUCGUCUGUUGAUCCAACUCGACUCAAGUUUGGGCCCUCCUCUCCCACUUUCAAAGCCCCUACGUGGCUCAGCAGCACUAUUACUAGUAGAGCAAAGGAGACCACGAAAAAGAUCACUCGACGCAAGAGUGAACCUGUCAUUCGCAGCCACGUCAGAAGCCAGGUUGCCCGUCGACAGACAAUCUCGCCUCGCAGAUAUGACUUUACGAGCGAAGGCGUCUUCGACACAGCCACUACUGCACAACCAGCACCUACCUUGUUGCAGCACCAAGCUGCCGCUGGUGACGAUAAGCCUACUCUUACGGGCUGGGGUCGAACUCCAGAAAAACCGGCUUCCUCGGAGGCUACUCUGACUUCAAUGACACCGGCCAUUUCUUGGGGCAAAAUGACAGGUCGCAGGUCUGGCGAUGGUGUCCAGAGCACACCCGCUCACCGCAGAGUCAUGCACAUGGACGGCUUGCACAACAUUGAUGUGUGCCAGAAUCCCGAUAUUUUCGGAGCUCCUGCUGCUCAUUCUGUUUCAAGUCCUCCUGCAAUCAAUCGCUUAGCCGAGAUUGCUGUCGACCACUGUGAUGGCCAGGCUAAGGUCAUGGUCAGUGAAGAGAACGGCAGGCUCAUUGUUAGGUUUAAGCUGCCUACCGAGUAUGCACACCUAUUCCCUUACAACCAGGGCAUGGACGAAUCUCGUUUCACCAGUACCCCAUCAGCCAUGUCUUCAUCACCAAGAAUUAGCUUUGAAAAGGUCAAUGAGCUUGCCUUGACAAAUGGUCAAGAAUCACCUCAAAUUGAGCAAGUCAUCUUGCCCUCGUCGAUUCAAAAUGAAGACAUCACCUUGAUUAUUCCCGACUUCGUCACUUCUCCUGUGUUGACUGUCGAGGAGAAGCAGGCUCCCGCUAUUACGACUCCUUCACCCGAGACAAAAUUGAGUGCUUCAUUCACACCAGUUAAUCGAUCUGUUUCCCAGGUCAAAGAAGCCUCACAGACGUCGCCCGCCUCUGCUCCUCAAGAGCUCAAGCUCACUGAAGCUGACAGCUCAACUCAGCAUGGCAAUCAGCCUGCUCAGCGAAAUCCUUGCGAAGACAGCCCGGGACGCGAUUAUAUGAGAGACUUUAUCAAGCGAACUCAUCAGCAGCGCCUCUCCACCACAGAAACUGGGUCGCCGGUUGCGCCACCAGUGAGACGUGCACCACUGGGAAUUAAGAGUCCCAAUGUCGAAAGCCCCCAGAAGGGCAAGCGCAAGGCAGAGGCUGAGAAUCAAGAUUCCUAUUCCUACUCUACGCUGAAGACGUCUGUUGCCCCCUUCCCUAAGAAGGCUCGACGAGUCAGCAAUCCUGGCCCAGGGAAGAAACAACCAGCCCAAAAGUGCAAAGCCACAGCGGUUGGAAGCGAAAACAAUGACUCGACUGAAAAACCUCCUUCGACUACAAAUGGUGGCGGAACCACUGAAAACCAUCAUGAGGAGAAAGAGGCAGAAGGAACUGGCACAGGUACUCGCAGAUCUACUAGAUUGCGAGGACAGCAGCCUGUCUCUGCCGCCAAAUCAUCUAUCCCAACCUCCAUUAAUUUGCGUGGUCGACACAACGGCAGCCAUGUUGCAUUGAACCACACUCGAAGUGAAGAAAAAGAACUAUCCAACAAGACUCGAAGGAACACUCUCAAGAAUAGGGGCAAUGCAGAGUAUCCCGCGCAGGUCUUGGCCAGGUAUCAGGAGGCGAGACCUCAUGAGGAGGCCACCGAGGAAAAUCGUGAUCCUGAAGCGCCAGCAAAAGGAGCUAAUGGCCGCAAGUGUGUUGGAUGGAAAACUCCUCUCGAAGCACACCAUGGCAAAGAUGCCAGGAAGUCACGCAUCGCCACCAUGAAAGGCAAGAAUGUCGCAAGUUCAGGUGGCAGCGGGAUCGCAAAGCCCACCCAAACCACGACCACACAGAAAAAACAGCGCGCCGCCAAGGUCGCAGCAACUCUGGGAAUGUCUCAGAACGGAACCCCAGCAAAGUCAAAUAGAAUUACACGAUCAUCCACUCGAGUUCGAGCAUGA